AUGGAAUUUAUAAAUGCACCAAUUGAGCAUAACAAUCUUGCUAUUGAAACUCAUUUAAAAGCAGUUUAUACAAGUCAAUUACUUGUUUUUACUAGUAGAAGAUUGUUUGAUAGUGAAGAUUCACAAGUAUAUGAAAUCUCAUUAAGUGAAGAUUUGAAUGAUUGUAUAAUAGAUACAGGUUUAUUACUAGGUUUAUUUGAUUUUAAUGAAAAAUUAAAUGAAAUUCUUAAAAAUAAAGAAUUACAAGUAUAUGAAAUCUCAACAAGUGAAGAUUUGAAUGAUUGCUGCAUCAGAUGUUACUUCUGA